AGAAUAUGCCCUAGAUACCUUUUGAAUUUGGAACUAUAUGACUGUGUACCUAUUUAAAAACAAAGAAAUACUCUUUAUAAAUCCAAAAGAGGGAAAAUAGUUCUUUGCAAAACAUUUCUAAGACAUUGGAGCAAUUUCACGGGAAAACCUCUGGGCGUCGCUGUAGGUCCAAAGAAGAGCGAGAAGACAUCUGAGACGCUUCUUAGAGGGUAACUUCCUGCUCAUAGCAACCGCACUGAGGAGGCCAGUACAGAUCCGGUUACAGAAAAGGAAAGCAGGGACAGUGUUCCUAUCCCGGAUUGUGCCAUCCACGGAGAGCUUAUUCCUCCUUCCGACCAAGGAGCAGAGCAGCCGCGGAGGGAAACAGAGGAUGCGGCCCAGCGCGGAGAGGAGCAGCCAGCUGCGGUGGCGGCAGGUAUUGUUGUCCUUUCUGCUGUCUUUGUUCCGCGGUGCUCUCCCAGACCAAAUCCGCUAUUCCGUUCCCGAGGAGCUGGCCAAGAACUCGGUGGUAGGAAAUCUCGCCAAGGACCUGGGGCUCAGUGUCCGGGACUUGCCGGCCCGGAAGCUGCGGGUUAGCGCGGAGAAGGAAUAUUUCACUGUAAACCCUGAGAGCGGGGACUUACUUGUGAGUGACAGGAUAGACCGAGAGCAGAUUUGCGGGAUGAAACCUCUGUGUAUUCUGGACUUCGAUACUGUCGCUGAAAACCCACUGAAUAUUUUCCGUGUAGCAGUAACAGUGCAGGAUAUAAAUGACAACAUUCCAUUAUUCAAACAGAGAAAGAUUGAUUUAAAAAUUGGAGAAUCCACUAAGCCAGGUAGAACAUUUCCACUAGACCCGGCCCUGGAUUUGGAUGCUGGUUCUAAUUCACUGCAAAGAUACCACCUCAGUGACAAUGAGUACUUUGAUCUCGCAGAAAAACAGGCUCCAGAUGGACGUAAAUAUCCUGAGUUGAUUCUGAAACAUUCUCUGGACAGAGAGGAGCAAAAUUUCCAUCAACUGGUCCUAACAGCUGUGGACGGUGGGGACCCACCCCAAAGUGGUACCACCCAGAUCCAAAUCCAAGUCAUCGAUGCCAAUGAUAACCCCCCAGUGUUCAGCCAGGAUGUCUACAGGGUCAGCCUGCAGGAGGGCGUGCCCCGGGGAUUCUCCGUGCUUCGAGUGACCGCUACCGACCAGGACGAGGGCGUGAACGCGGAGGUCACCUACUCCUUUCAUAAUGUGGAUGAACAAGUGGAACAAUUUUUUACCUUAGACAAAAGAACAGGAGAAAUCACGACAAAGAAUGAUUUUGAUUUUGAAAUUGCUAGUAGUUACACUCUCGGUAUAGAAGCGAAAGAUCCUGGAGAGCUAGCAGCCCACUGCAGUAUCCAGGUCGAAAUUCUCGACGAGAACGAUUGUGCGCCUGAGGUGAUUGUGACCUCAGUGUUUACUCCCCUUCCGGAGGAUUCCCCACCAGGAACAGUGAUCGCCUUGAUAAAAACAAGAGAUAGAGACUCAGGGGAAAAUGGAGACGUUUACUGCCGCGUAUUGGGAAAGACAGAAUUUUUAUUGAAAUCUUACUCGAAGGACUACUACAAGCUAGUGACAGACAGGGCUCUGGACCGGGAGGAGAUCCCGGAAUACAACGUCACUAUAUUGGCCACCGAUAGAGGCAAGCCGCCCCUCUCCUCCAGCACUACCAUCACCCUGCACAUCACCGACGUCAACGACAACGCUGAGCUGCAGUUUUACCUGGUUGUGGCCUUGGCCUUGAUCUCAGUGCUUUUCCUCCUCGCGGUGAUUCUGGCGGUGGCCCUGCGCCUUCGAAGCUCCUCCAGCCCCGCCUCCUGGAGUUGCUUUCAGCCUGGUCUCAGUUCCAAGCCUGGACCUGGGGUGCUCCCCAAUUACAGUGAGGGAACAUUGCCCUAUUCCUACAAUCUGUGCGUUGCGUCACAAUCAGCUAAGACGGAGUUUAAUUUUCUCAACGUGACCCCGGAAGUGACUCCCCCUCAGGAUCUCCUCUGCGAGGAUGCCUGUUGGGUACCAAGUACAAACCAUGGAGACGGUGACGGCCCACUUGCCUCAGAUACUAUUUUAAAGGUGAGCUUUAAUUUAAUUAACUUAUUUGCACUUUGA